AUGAUUGCAUAUCGAAAUGGAAUUUAUUAGGGGACCUUGCAAAAUGGUAUUAAAGAAGGAAUAGGAAUCUUUUGGUGGCCUACCGGAUCUAUUUAUAUUGGUGAAUGGUACAAGGAUAUGAUUCAUGGUGAAGGGAUUAUAAUGAUCAAUGACAAUAUCAUAAGAGCAUAAUUCAAAAAUAAUAAAUUUCAUGGUUUAUGUGUUAAUUAUACGUAUAUUAUUUAAUUCUAUAGUUCUAGUUAAAGUGAAUUUUAUAGAUUUGAGUAUGGAUAAUUAAAUGGAAAAUGUUUGAAGGGAUAAACAGUCUCUUAAUAUAGGAGAGGAGAUUUAAUUAAAAUAGAUACUAAUUUAGAAUCUGUUGAUGUUUUAUUAGGUAUGUUUUAGUAUUCAAGUUUAGAUGAAUUUUAAAAUAGGUUAUUGGAUUUAGAAGAAAUUUUAGAUAGAAAUUAAUGUACUUCUAUUGGAAUAACAGAAACAUAUCUUGGUAGAAUGAAAAGAGGAAAAUAAUUAGGAUUAGGUAUAGAGAAUAUGUUUACAACUGAAAAAAGGAUAGGAAUUUUUCAUGAUUAAAAUAUAACAAAUAUCGGUUAGAUUUGGAUGAAUGGUGAUAUUUAUACUGGGGGUUUUAAAGAUAAUAAAUAUGAUGGUUUAGGUUGUUUUUUCAUUAGUGUAAAUUUGUUAAAUAUGUAAUAGGGUGAAAUGAAGAUGAUUUAAGGAAUAUUUCAAAAUGGAAAGUGUAUUGAAAUAAAAAAGAAAUAACAUGGAGAUAUUGAAAUAUAUAAAAUAUUGGCUGAAUAAACAUUUUAAUCACUUUAAUAAAAUACAAUACAAUAAAGAGUUCCUAUACCUUAUUUGUAAUAGUGUUAAUUUGAAAUCUUAAACACUUGGACAUAGAAUAGUAUUUCUUAGAUACCUUAAUCAAUUCAAGAAAAGGAUGAUAAGGAUUAAACAUUUUUGGAAGUAGAAUUUGAUAUCCAGAAAGAAAUUGAGAUAAUUUAAAAGUAAUCAAAUUAUUAUAUAUAUAUAAGUGAUUAAUAAAAUAUUGAAGCUAAAAAAUUAUUGUAUGAUGUUGUAAAUAAAUAUUAGGAAAAUGAAAAUAAAUUAUUUCCAUUAUAAAUUGAUUAACUUUAAACAUUUAGAAAUAAUCCUUCAGUUUUAGAAAUAGAAAACAUAUAAGAAGAAAAUCAGAAAAGUAAAUUUGUAUCUUCACACUCUCAAUAAACAGAAUAUUUUCAUGUGAAUGAUUCUAAGCAAAAUUCUGGUCAUAGUUGCAAGAGAAUACCAUUAUAAACAAUUAAGAAUUAAAUAAAUUAAAAUAAAGAAACUAAAUAAUCAAUAAGAGUAACUACAAUAAGUGCUAGAUCAGAACCAUAUUCUUAAGUAUUAAGUUCUAGAAAAUCCUUAUAUAACUAAUGA